UCGAUUCUCAAGUGUGGUACUAGGAUAGUGUGGUCAGGAAGAUCGAAUGGCUCAUGGCUCAUCGCUCGCUUACCAGGCUCCUGGAAUGAAUUUUCUUGGAGAGACUGACGACGAGACCCACCCUCCGACGGACUCAAUGACCGACCGACCGACCAGUCGAUCUCCUCUCCCUGUUCGCUACUACCCAAGGCAACUCUGGCACCCGAAGAGAGAGCGCGGAGAGCUCACCCCCAACUGAUCCCCUGAUCGACUGAGGAUUUUCGGUGGUGGUUUUUUCAUCCCCAAAAUUUCGGAAGUUUUCAGUCGCUUUCAUGUCGAACACCGGGCGAGAUCUACGCCAUUUCAGCUCGUCCCAAUGGGUGUGAUUGCUACUAUCCUUUCAUAAGAACAGCGUCAUCACUUGUGCAUCUUUGGUUGGUGUUUUCGUUUCGUGUUUGAGCAGUGUGUGUGUAAGUGUGAUCGCUCCUUUGGCACCCAACUUUCUCCACUCGUCAUAAUGGCCAAGAUGUCUCGGAGCUAUCAAUUGGUCACACUUUCUUCCAUCUUGCUAAUUCAUCUCGCAAUUUGCAAAGCUUCCCCCAUGGAAAGGUACAGAAGCUAUCCAUCGAUUAGUGGUGGCCGAUCCUCCACGUCUUCUAGUCUACUACAUCGCCGGACCAAAUACGGUUGCGAAGGAAGCUCAAUGGUCAUCAAGUGCGACGAGGGCACCCAGAUCAAUGUGGUUCGGGCCAAUUUUGGACGAUUCUCUGGAUCAAUUUGUAACGAGUUCGGGGCCAACGCCGAGCACGCCUCUGACUGGAGCGUCAAUUGCUUGGAGCCCAGGUCCUUGCGAGUGGUUAAUGAGAGAUGCCAUCGACAAGCCGAAUGCGAGAUCACAGUCACCUCGGCCUUAUUUGGUGAUCCUUGUCCUGGCACCUACAAGUACUUGGAGGUCCAUUACACGUGCCAAGCCGUGAGACCCCAGACUGACGACUCGGCUCCAAAAUCCCUUCCCCCUUGGUUGUUGGACUUGGCAGCCACUCCGAUCCCCACAAAAACGGCCGAGUUCGUGAGGACAGAAAUCACUUCCACCACCACCACAACUGUCUCCACCACAUCCACAACGGUGCCAAUUCACCAAUCCAACCUGCCUGAGUAUGACGAUUUGUUGGAUGUGACAAUGAACGAGGUGAUCGAGGAAGACACGUUCAGCCAAGUUGAUGAGACCGAGAACCUGGUCCAGAGCUAUUGCCCGCCAAUGAAGACCCGCAACCUCUUUUGGAACUGGACCUUGAGCGGGUUCGAAGCCAUCCAGGUGUGCCCACCGGGAUCGACGGGAUUUGCCAAAUGGUAUUGCAAUCCCCAGGGCCAAUGGGCCACCGACCGACCCUCCAUGGGCGAUUGCCAGUCACUGUGGUUGAAUCUUCUCCAAUCUGAAGUGCAUGCUUCCAUGGAGCGAGCUGUGAAACAAAUUGCCACCAAGACGGCUGAAUUGCAGCUUUAUGGCGGCGACUUGCCCAUAAUUACAAGCACCUUCCAGACCCUUUCUGAUCGACUCCGACACGAACACCACAUUCUGUCCUCCAAACAGGAGAAGGAGGAGAAACUGGCCAAUAUUCUCGAGAGCGUGGUGCAGGUGGUAUCCAACCUUCUGCACAACAACCAGUUGGAAGCCUGGGAAGAAUUGUCCGAGACCAAACGAGCCAUCCACUUCAAUGGUCUGCUUCAUGGCUUGAAUGAAUUGGCUAGACUUUACGCUGAAUCAAUCAACGUGGAGAUGAGAGCCACGAAUGUGAAGGACAACAUCUUGUCCGAGAUCCGAGUUCUCCGCUCCCGAGGCAUUGGUGCCCAGGCGUUUCCCGAUUUUGUGCCCAAUUACUUUGAUGGAGAUGUUAGAGUGUUGAUGCCCGAGGCUAACCUGCAAGAAAUCAGUCAGAACGGAGCUGUUCGGACUAUUUUCAACAUCAUUGCCAAUGCCGAGCGGAUCCUGCCUUCAUUUGGCUCCUACGCUCCCAACUCGAAAUUGAUCACCUUCAGCUCCAUCCAAUCCAUCUCGAAAGAGCUUCCCAAGGAAUUCAUCUUCUCCAUGCGACAUCAUCUCAAGCAGAAACACAUUCAAGAUGCCAUCUGUGCCACCUGGGAGGCCAACCAGCGGUCUUGGUCGACCCAAGACUGCCUUGUCAUCCAAACCAACACAACCCACACCACAUGCAGCUGCUCCAAGCUGGGCUCGUUCGCCAUCCUGACCACGGAGGAGUCUGUCCAAGUGUCUCAGAUGUCUCAAGAAGAGCAGAAAGGAGUGAUUUUGGGAUCCGUCGUGGCAGGAGCUCUUGUGUUCUUCGCCUUCGCCAUCCUUCUUCUGAAGCUGGUAUUGAACGGCAGAUGUCAACGCUCAUCCAAGGUUUCGGAGACCUCUUAUCCACCAUUGACUUCGUCACCGACCUUGUCCGGGGUGUCUGCUCCGGAUCUGACUCAAAGAAGGCCGGGAACGUACCUUCAACAAGCCAUUGUGGACAAUUCACCGGGGUUCUAUCAUCAACAAAAGCCAACCACUAGUUCUACAACAACUAACACCCAUCUCCGACAACUAGCCCAACCCCAACAACCCUCCAUUCACACCAUCUAUCGAACGGAUAAAAGGCAAACGCUAAUGAUGCCCUUUCAACGACCAGAAUCGCACAUCUACUCCGAGAUUAUUUACAAUCAACUUCAACGUCAGCAUCAGCAUCAGCAUCACCUCCAUCACAAUCACAGUCGGUUUCCCUCGGAUGCCUCGUCUUCAUCUCCUAUUCAUGCUAAUGGAGAUGUCACCCCUUCCAUGGCCCAUGAGCAGCUGAACGCACCAAAGCCGCUUCAUCAGCAUUUGUGGCAGGGCCAACAAAACCUUUUCUAUUGUGACGACGGUACCAUGAUCGCACGGACCCUUCAUCGACCACCACCACCACUACCACCACCACCACAUCAUCAACAGGAGCAACACCAACAACAACAACAUGAGCAGCAACAACACAAGCAGCAGCAAGCUCAGCAAUGUCAGCAUUUGCAGCAACAACAACAUGCAAUUCAGUCGGCUUUUGCCUCGUCGUCUUGCUCUCCUUCAUCGUCUUCGUCGCCAACCGCGAUGAUGGCUAAUGCCUCUGCUCCACUUGCAAUCACACUUCAAGAUGGAGAUCAAUUUGUCAGGCUUAGCUUAGAGGAUCCUUAUAAUCUUGAGCCUGGAAGGCACUUUCAACUUCACCACUCAUGAUUGGUCGUGCUCGGUUGAAAACUCAAAUAUUGAUAAUCGAUUCCACGACGAUGCUCAGUCAAGCGCUUUGAUAAGGGUUGGUCGAGGGCUUCUGUGAUAUUCCUCUUUCCUUCAUACGUGCUUCUCACCAAGUUGAAAAGCCAGUUUUUGUGUCUAAAAAAUGCAUAUGCCAUACUGAAACCUUGUUACAAAACGAAAUAAAAGAGGAGAAAUUCCUACCAAGCAUUCAAAGCCUUAAGUGUCGAUUUCCAUCUCCCGUGAGAGAGUGCGAUCCGGAAGUAAUUCCACAAAUUAAGUCAGCACGACUCCGAUCAAUCAUGAGAGGAAACCAUUCUUCCCUUUGGUAUUGAUUCCGUGUGAUUGAGGGCCACUGCCACUUUUGGCAACACCACCACAACCACCACCACCACCACCUCUACCAACCCCACCAGAAUGCGUCUCCACCCCUGCACGAGUUCAAAUCGAUCGCUAGAUAGCUUGCUUGUCUUGCUAGUCGAGAAUCUGGGAAACGAAACGUGGAGCUAUUUCGAGAAAGUUUCUCGGCGACAUUCACUCUCCUUGAUUCGAUCAUCCCGGCCCAUAUUAUGCAUUUAUAUUGCCUCAUCUAAUUUCCGUCCCAAAUCCCCUUAAAACUGACACGUGGGAACACGGAAUUACCAUAGACACAUCUCCCUCCCCAGCUAGAGCACCCAUAUGAGCCAACAGUACGAUCCACACUUCAUCUUCCACCGUAGCUUUGUGGACUAGACUUGCCUCGUCAGGUGCAUCAGUUUCGGGCAGAUGUCCUCACGCACCACCUGAAGGCCCCUCUUGGCUUUUGUUAUGAACCCGUAGAAUGAUGGCACAGGGGAUGUGCUAUCUCUGAUGGAUUUGGUGCAUCUUGUCAGACUGUCGUGUGAAUAAUGUGUGAUACAUCGUGCAAUUGGUGUGAUCCAUCAAAUUGGGCGGAAUAUCCCCCUCCCCACGUUGCCGUAGAUCUGCCCAAAAACAUAUCAGAGGCUUGAAAGCGCCCACGGAAAUCGUCUAAAAGCGAGCUUGCUUUUAUAGAAUCACAACGGCAACUGGCCUAGAUUUAUUCUGCAGAGGACGUUUAUUUGAGGCGAAAAAAAAAACAAAUUCGAUGAGACGACUCUAAUGAAGAACAAUGAAGAGUCAAGGGUAUUCGAUUGAUCGUGCCCUUUAUGAACGGGUCGAAAGUUCUAAUUAAUAGCGUGACGGACUUCAUUUCCUUAAUGUACAGACGACCAAGUUUUUGAGAAUCAAUCCAACUCUUAGACUACCACGUCCAAAUCACUUUGGACGAGACAGAUCGUUCCAGAAUUGAGAGCAGAAGAAGAGAGUUAAAAGCUUUUCUAGGCUUGUUUCAAGAGCACCGAAACUGAAUGGAAGAGGUUCUAUUACCAAAAAGAGUCAUCACAUUUCAAGCGUGUCUCCAUUUUAUGGACGAAUAUCGGGUUCGUACAACUAACUUGAAAUGCUUGCCAUAAAGGGUGAAAAGCUUUCAAA